AUGAUAUGGUAUGGGGAGGUAGAAGAGUGUGGGAGAUUUAGGUGCCAAGCCAAAAAGCAAGCAGUUGAGAAAGGUCCCAUCCGACAAAUGGAAGGUGUCAUAGAUCGCAUCAUGGAUGAACAAAUUUUGCAAAAUGGAGCAGAUCCAAAGUUAUUCAUGCUUGACUGGUUAGCAACAUCUGAGUCACAAGAGAGUAUAGCAGAAUAG